AUGAGUGACGUCGGAUCUUCCAGUGCUAGUAAGAUCGGAAACUUACGGCGGGCCAGAGACAUCGAAAUUAGUGACCACAUCGACCUCUCUGGGAAACCCUGCAGGGUUCUUGAUUUCUACACGAAGAGAGGCCUUUGUCACCUUCGCGCCAUAAAUAUAUUAACUGGCUGCACCGUGCGAAGAAUUGUUCCCAUUUCCACAGAGUUUGUUGUAUGUCAUAAAACUGUGUGCAUGUAUCUCCCCUCUCUUAAUUUAUUCAUUCAUACAGAUUGUUUAUUCUCUCAGGUUCCAGAUGUGAGCCGUGAUACUUACCUGUUGACUGGUAUCUCCUACAAGGAUAAUUCUGUCACCCUUCUGCAUCAUAGCGGCGCCUACACUAGGAAUGAUAUAUUUCUUCCGGAGAACGAGAACCUCAGGACCAUGAUGGUUGAUGGAUUCAACGAUGAUAAGAGAGUUCUUGUGGGUGUCGUGACUUCACUGGGUCAGGAUGCCGUCUAUGCCGUCGAAGUCGAAGUCGACCAGACCGGUUCAGACACUAUGCUCAAGCUCGAUGAAGAUGUUUUGAACCAGACCAUAACAAAUGACAGUGAUGUUGUGGCCAAAAAUGUUGGCGUCAAAGAAUGCCCUAAUUGUCUUGGCUUGGGCACAAUUCCAGACAUUUUAUGA